CUCCAAUACUAGAUUCCAUAAUGGUUCGAAGUUCAUCAAAUGGACUACAGAUGUUGGUUGAUUCACUGCAAACAUUUGAGCACAGCGCAAAUGCGAGUCGUGAAAAUCGAGAAGUUAUUGUAGACACUCCAACAAACAAUGAACACAAGAAAAAGAUCAAGUACAAUAUGGAGUGCCGGUGGAUGGAUUAGUUUGCAAGACAUUGAACAGCAUUAUGGCAAGAAACGUGCAGAGGCUGCAGAAACCCUUCAAGUCAGUGUCUCUACGUUCAAGCGAAUAUGCAGGCAGCAUGGAAUUCUUCGGUGGCCAUCUGCCAAAAGGAAGAGAGACAAGGGUUUCCUCCCUGCUCGAAAGUCCAAUGCAUCCUUCCAGGUUGCUGAUACUUCAGCUUCCCAAUCUCGAAAGGCUUUUCUAAGUGCCCUGCAACCUUUUUCGUCGUCUUCUACUGUUAUUGAAACUCAUCAAGAAUCCUCACUUUUUUCUAUUCAGUCUAAUCACAGAGAGGGUGAUCGAUCAAACCAUAAUAUGCUAGGAAACAGUGAAACCACCAAGGGAGCCUCGGCUGAGGCAUCACGACAGUGUAAGGCAAGAAAUGUUAGCCUUGCCAUUGAUAAUCUGACGCCUAAUGCUCUGGCCAAAACGUCUCAACCACUACAAAAUGGUAUGCCAGGUGAUGAGGAAAGUGAGAUCUCUUCUAUGUCCAGCCAAAAGAGAAAAAGGCUGGAGAAAGAGACAGAUUAUAUGGAAAAGGUGACUCAUUCUGAAGAACAACUUUCACAAAUGCAGAACUUUGUUCCCAAAAGGCAGGCAGUAGAGAGUGCUAGUAAAGAUUCAUCCUUCCUCACCCCAGUAAGUGGGACUAUUGAGGGCAACAACAUGGAUUACAAUCCCAAUUCAAUCACUUAUCUCGUCGCGGAUGAUAUGGAUACCACUCGUAUGGGAGUUCAACCUUCUCUUGAAUCUAUAUCAACUGAGAUAUUAAACUCAUUUCCCUGCAAUGAAAACACCGCUCAUAACACAAAGCUGCAUUUUGACAAUUUGAUCGCGUUACCUCUUGAAGAUCUUAUUGACCCUGAAAAUGAAUCUUCCAUGAAAAAAGCAUUGUCCACCCUAGCAGACAACCUCUCUUUGUUUUCAGAAGAACAAGCCGAACAAAUACUUGGACUCUCGUUCGAUUUUCCUACACUUGUGCAUAGCUGGAGAGAGUAUUCUCGAUCCCAAAUGUACAGUCAAAAGUCCUUCGCUGAAAUGGAGAAAAUUAGAGAUUUGGUGGAGACUUCAGCGAAAGAUGAAGAGACUCUAAAUGUCAGAUACGAAGAACUUAAGAGUAAGGAGAAGGAACUGAUGGCACAAUUGGAAGCAGUGCAGAAAGAGAAGGCAGGGAUAGCUGAACAGAGGAAUGAAAAAUCUAAGCAGACCAAGUAUUUGGAUUCUUUGGCAGAGGAGAAAGCAGCUGGCAGAACCAAAGGGAAACAUAUGAUGAAAAUAGCCACUACCAAGCUGAACAACUUAAUUGAUCAAUGGGCUAAGAUACAAUCUUUCUUUGUAUAGAUUUGCUGGUAAACUCAAUUAGGUUCCACAUUUUUGUUAUUUCAUAAUGUCGCAUCCUUAUAGUUAGAUUAAGAAAGAACCUUUAUUUAAGGUCCACAGUAAUGCAUCAGAAUUCACAACUAUGGAAAUGUUUUCUACAUCAUGCAUCUCUUUCCUAUUUGUUUUUCUCCAUCGUUAGAGAUUGAAAAUGUUGUUACUGGUUGUAAAAAAUGGUAAAAAUUUCCCGCAUAAAGUGUUUACACCCAACUGUGGAGUACUAUUUUAUUAGGGUUUUGUCCUGAUUUUCUUACCAUAUUUGGAUUUUAUCUUUUCUUGAAGGGAGGGCAAAGAUUUCACCAUAAUUGGUACCUUUCCCAAAAGGAAAUUUUAAUAUUCCAUAUUUAGGUAACCACUUUCUUGGAGGAAAAGGUUUUGGACCU